GCUAGUGAUUGACCAGAUGAGCGGAGCCUCCCUCCCCACCUCUCCUCAGCUGUGAUGGACGUGGGGUGCUUGUGGGCUCCUCGCUAUCAGGCAGCAGUCCCCAGAGCCUGGCUUCUCUUUGUUCCCAUUGUGUGUCCCCCCCUCUCUGAGCGUUAGUGGGAGGGAGCCCGGCGCUCACAUCAAUAUUCCCAGCGCUGACAGGAGGCGCAUCCACUCGGAGCGGAGGAGGAUGCAGCCUGAGCUGAAGUGCAGCAGCCAUCAGUGUCCCUGACUGAGGAGCCGGACCCGCUGCCCUGCGCCGCCGCCGCCCACCUCCGACCCAGUGUGCAGGCUGUGCCAUGGCGGAGGUGAAGUGCGGUACCGCAGCGGGCGCUCCCGCCUCCACUAACGGGAUGGUGGUGAACGCAGAGCUGGAGGUGAAGAAGCUGCAGGAGCUGGUCAGGAAGCUGGAGAAGCAGAACGAGCAGCUGAGGAACCGGGCGAGCGCCGUCAGUAACUGCACUGCCAGCCCGCACCUGCUGCUGCCACCGCCGCCCGCAAUGCAUCAGCCGGGGGCAUGCCUGGCACGGCCCGCUGGACUCUGCCUGCCCAGCCCGGUGCCCACUCUGCUAUGCACCUCCUCUAUCGGGGGAAGCCUGUACCCUCCGGAUAAUCUAGGCUAUUACAGUGCCAGACCACAACUGUCAUGUCUGAGUGCCACCGAGGGGCCACUGCCUGAUACCGGUGCCACCCUCCUGGAUGAGGUGGAGGUACUGGACCUGGAAGAUGGGUAUUGUAGUGAAGAGGAAGACACCUGGCUUUAUGUGUCCCCUUCUAAGAAGCAAACACUGUUUGAGUCUACUCUUAGUCCACUGAAAUGGUGUAGGCAAGUUCUGGAUCAUCCAAGUCCUGAAAUAGAAGCAGCAAAGAGAUCACUUUGCUUCCGACUGGAACAAGCUGGUCGCUGGAGGAGUCUCUUUUCUACUCCCGUUUCCUCUUUCCCAUAUAGUCCAGUUGCGAGACUCACUCCAUUUUGCAACGGCUUAAAUUCUCCCAGCAUCCUUAAAACCCCAACUAAAGCAAUACUAACACCAGAAAAGACAGGUUACAAUAUGAAGACUUCACCCUUGAGUCCACAGUCUUCUGUAGAUAGUGAACUUAGCACAUCUGAGCUGGAAGAUGACUCAAUUUCCAUGGGUUACAAACUACAGGACCUCACUGAUGUCCAGAUCAUGGCACGAUUACAAGAAGAAAGCCUAAGGCAAGAUUUUGCAUCUACCUCCACUUGUAGUUCAGUAACAAGACAUCGCUCAAGCCUUUCUCUGUAUUCUGGAAAGAAAAUAUCAUGUGCCAGUAGUGAUCAGGAAUCAGACCGUUACAGUGUGGAUGAUGAAGAUGAAGAGUUUGACCUAUUGCCACCACCUCAACCAAGACUCAGCCGUUGCUCCCCCCUCCAACGAGGAAUCCCUCAUUCGCAAACUUUCUCUAGUAUUCGGGAUUGCAGAAGAAGUCCCAGUUCUCAAUACCUGAAUUCUAAUGGAUAUCAGCAAUACAGUGUUUCUUCACAACCUCAGACUCCAGAGCAACCCCAAAAUAGAACAAGUGCAGAUAAAUUGCGUAGAAGUAUGCCAAAUCUGGCCCGAAUGCCCAGCACACCAACAACAACCACUGUGGUUUCUCCACUUACGGUGCGCAACAGCCAAAGUUUUGAUUCUAAUCUACAUAGUGUUGCAAAUGGAUUAUCCAGAUUGCAGUCUAGUAUACCUUCACCAGGUCAGCUUCAGCAAAGGGUGCAUAGUGUGGGCAAUUUUCCAGUGUCCGUCAGGCCACCUCUGAAAGCUACAGCCUACGUCAGCCCAACUAUACAAGGCAAUAGUGGCAUUCCUCAGUCAACUAGUCUACAAUCUUUAUCAAGUUCUGGGAUACCGAUGCCAAACAAGACUACAAGUUCAUUGCCUAUAGCAAGAAGUGGUCUACCAAGACCAGCUUUGUCUAGUGUUGGUGCAAGUAGUAUACCACGGAGUAAAAUUGCUACUCCACCACGCAGCUUUAUUCAACCUCCGAAGACCCUUUCAUCACUGAGUACUCUUCGUGAUGGAAACUGGAGAGAUGGAUGCUACUGAGCUGUUAUGAAUAAUGAUUUUAUGGAUAAUGUGUUUCCCAGCUGGCUGGGAACAAGACAUUUUAAUAUUUGAAACAUAUGUGUUUUGUGGGCGUGCUAUCAAAGACAACGUAACUCCUUAAUGUUUGCUGUGGACUCAUAUAUACUUUUCACAAUGAUAACUGUAUUGUUUAACAACAUGUAUAAUGUAUAGAACGUAUGCAAAAUGCAUCAGCAAAUAUUGAUUCACAUACAAACUUUUUUCUUUUCUAACUUUUUUUUUUCUUUUUUAACUUUUUUUUUUUUUUUUGUAUUUUUAACUUACCAAUGCACUUAACCUGUUUUUGUACAACGAAGUAAGCACUGCAAUACUGGUUACUACAGUCUGUGGGGAUUAUGUGUAUUUAAUGAAAAAUGAAAAUGUCACAUUGAAUGAUCAUACACCUUUCAAGACGCUGAUUCACGUUUGUGCCAUAAAAUAUUGUUAACACAUUUUGUUGCAAAGCACAGUCAAGAAGAGGAGUCACUAUAACAUUCUACAAACCACCUUAACUAUGUUGUUUCUUUUUUAUGUCUCAUGUUAAUUUAUUAUUAUUUAAUUAUUUUUGAUUAAUAUUGAAAAUGCUCUGCAGCUCUACUGCAACAGGGAUUGGGUUUUUCUUAUGUACACAACAACUUAUGGUCAAAAUACUGAAAAAUCAAAGGUCUCAAUGGACAUAAAACUUUUGAUAGACGUUUUACAAAAUUAAAUUGCACUAAUGCUUUAAUAAGACAGUAUAUGAUUUCAUACCGAUGACAUCUGUGUACUGCAGUUUUGGAAUGUUUCAAUAAUA